CAUAGUGAAUCUUAUCUUUGUAUUUCAUUCUCAUCAACAAGCUUUACAUCGUAAAAUAUUGUUUAUUUUAUUUUCCAAAACUAUAAAAAAAAGUUUUAUACGAUUUAUGCUUUAACUUCCGUUGGUUUUUCUCCUUUAAUAAACACAUUGCAGUUAGCUACAGUAAUCACAAACACGCUACCAGUUUGUGAUAAGCAAGUAACAUGAGGAAGCUGCUUUUCUUUGCCCUUUUAUUUUAUGACGUUAUAGAUGCGAAUAGACUAAGCUAUGAUUACGAUGACAUAGACAAUAGUAAACGACAUUCAUUCAUAGACGAUAGACGAAAUUGGAGAAAGAAAGCACUUUUAAAAUCUUUUGAUCAAGAUCAUAAGGACUGGGAUGAAAGACGAAGAUAUGAAGAAAGUCCUAGAUAUCUGGAUGAUACAGAUGACAAGGCCGGUUUAAACAGAAAGGAAUAUGAUAGUUUUGGUUAUGGAAUUGGUAAACAAUUAGAGGAUACAGAUAAAGCAAGAUAUAGGAGUACUGAAAUUGGUCACUUACAAACAGACAAGGAGAUAGAAAGGAAGCCAUAUUCAAUGAAUUGUGAAAGACCUCACGAACGGUACGAGGCAUGUUUUUCUGGUUGCGCUGCUAUAACCUGUGACAAUCCACGAGAAAGACUCCGGCCUUGCUAUCCGUUCUGUGAGUCCGGAUGUAUCUGUACACAACCAUAUGUACGCGAUGAUAGAACUCACAAAUGUGUCCUACCUGAGGACUGCACUAAGGGCUUGAAAGGCAUACCAGACUUGGGUGAUGAUGUGUAAAAAUAAAUGAAAUAAAUAAGAGAUCAAAAAAUACUUUUUAUUUUAGUGAAUAGUACUUAAAGUAAAAUGGCAUAGU